CAUCUCCUGCGUUCUUCAUAAUUCAUAAACCUAAACCCUCUUUCUUUCUAUACCAUUUCCUGCAUACAUUCUUGAUAAUCAAUAAACUCAAGAAAACAUUCAUGGAGGAUACACUUGUUCUCAUCAAGCAUGCUAACUUCAUCCCAGAAGGUUCAUCGACAAGAAGACGUAAUCAAAGAAUACUGACGACAAAAAACAAUCAAUACCUACGAAAGAUCGAAGAACUGGCGAAUGAUAUGUUAAGAUUCUUUCGCGAUAAGGAGUUAAAAAACAAGUCAAACGCUAUGUCCGUUGUGAAGGAUGAGGUAAGUGCUGAGCGGUUAAGAAAGUCAAAGGGGAAGCGUCUGCGGUCAACAACGUCCGUUGUGAAGAACGUGAGUAAAAAACGAAAGGUACCAAAAAAGGGAGAGCGUCCGCCCGUGGUGACCAACGAGAUAACCCAACGGUUAAACGAGUUCAUCGUGGACGAGAUGAAGGGGACGGACGUGAAACUCGUGAUUCAGAAGACAUUGUACAAGUCGGAUACACUCAAAACUCAAAACAGGUUAAACAUGCCGUUUAACCAACUGGAGACGAAUAAGUUCUUGACGGAGGAUGAAAGACAGAUCGUUGAGUCGGAUGUUCCCAAAGAGAACAACAUUGAGGUUUCGUUGUUGGGGCCAACGUUGGAGAUGUACAAGUUGAAGAUGGAACUGACAAUGUGGCCUAUGCUUAGUACCUACAACUACGUGUUGAAGACAAACUGGUACCAGUUUUGGUUUGAUAAUAAACAACAUUUGAAGGAGGGUUCAAAGAUUCAAGUAUGGUCGUUUCGUCGAGAUCAACAGUUGUGCUUUGCGAUCGUGUGUGUCGAGUAACCAGGUGGCAAAGGCGACGUGGUUUAAUUUUUUUCGAAUGGUCAAACUUUUUUUUCGAAUGGUCAAACUUUUACUAAAGCGAAACCGCGACUAGCAAGAAAGUAGCCAGAAAACAACGAAAACAACUGAAACUCAAAACAAAUGAUAUAAUUCGUUGAAGAUUAUUAGUUUUUA